CACUCCUCCGUCGACGACUGGAUGAGCUCUUCAGAUUACGCCACGUGGAUUCACUCUUUAUAAUCGGAUGCAAACCUAUUUAUAUUCCACUCUUUAUCCGACUUUUCUCGUCCGCCCCUCUUUCUUCAGUUACGAUUCUCCUAAGCCCUAGACUCCCUUCUCUAAUUUCAUCCAAUCGAUCAAAUUUUAGGACUUCGCUUCCCAUGCUUCUCUCCUUGUUCUCCUAAAAUUUUUCGCGAGAAAAAAAAGAAUCCGAGAAUUAUUUCUUUGUUUGGAAGAAAAGAAAAAGAAGAAUCCGAGGAGGAAGGGGAGCUUGAUAGAAGAUUCGAGAAAAAAUGGCCUCGUCGACGACGAGCACGGUGUACAUCCAUGUCAUCGAAGAUGUCAUCAGCAAGGUUCGCGAUGAGUUCAUCAACAACGGUGGACCAGGCGAAACUGUCCUCAACGAACUCCAAGGAAUUUGGGAAAUGAAGAUGAUGCAAGCGGGAGUGAUAAGCGGUCUGACAGAGAGGUCUUCCGGCCAGAAACAGCCCACACUCGGUGGCCCAAUUACUCCUGUGCACGAUCUUAAUGUUCCUUAUGAAGGAAAUGAGGAGUACGAAACUCCUACAGCUGAUAUGCUUUUCCCUCCGACUCCGUUGCAAACACCUGUUCCUACACCAUUGGCGGGAGCUGCAGAUGGUUCUAUGUAUAACAUCCCUACUGGAAGUAGUGAUUAUCCUACCCCUGUGAAUGAUAGCGGCGGUAAUACUGAUGUAAAAGGUGGAAGGCCAAGCCCUUACAUGCAAUCUCCUUCUCCAUGGUCGAACCAAAGAACCCCACUAAGUGUUGAUGUUAAUGUCGCUUAUGUGGAAGGGCGGGAUGAGGUGGACAGAGGAACCUCUCAUCAACCCCUGACACAGGACUUCUUUAUGAUGUCUUCUGGAAAGAGAAAACGUGAGGAUUUUGCUAAACAAUAUCCCAAUGGUGGAUAUAAUAUACCCCAACAAGAUGGAGCUGGAGAUUCUACAUCUGAAGUUGCAAAGGCAGAGGGAAGUAAUGGCAGUUAUUUCUUGGGUAGAUGUGACUCAGCAACCACUGCAAAAAGCAAGAUCUUAGCACACUUAGCUAGGUCAUCUUCAAAGAUUCCUCAACUGGAUGGACCAAUUCCUGAUCCAUAUGAUGAUAUGCUUUCUACUCCCAAUAUAUACAAUUACCAAGGAGUUGUCAAUGAAGACUACAAUGUAGUGAACACACCAGCUCCUAAUGACCUUCAGGCUGCCACUCCUGCCCCUGUUGCCCAAAAUGAUAUAGGACAUGAUGAUGAUGAUGAGCCAUUGAAUGAAGAUGAUGAUGAUGAUGAUUUGGAUGAUGUGGACCAGGGAGAGGAGUUGAACACACAGCAUUUAGUUUUGGCUCAAUUUGACAAGGUGACUCGUACAAAGAGCCGAUGGAAGUGCACACUGAAGGAUGGCAUCAUGCAUAUAAGCAAUAAGGACAUUCUCUUUAAUAAGGCAAUGGGCGAUUUUAACUUCUGAUUUUGUUAGAGAAAUGUCUAUUCACCAUCAUAUUGCAGCGGUUGCUUUAAAAGAGCAAAUCAAGGGGUGUUAUUGGGUGUUUCUUAAUUUUUCUUUAGUUAAUAUUAGAGUGAAAGCUUGAUGGAAGGGCAUGGGAUGCUUCUUUGUAAUGCCUUCCUUUAGACUCGGGUAGAUGGCUGUCAUAUUGUACAUAAAGGAAAGAGCUUUUUCGGCCUUAGAAUGGAUUACUACUACUUGAGAUGCUUCAUGAAGUUUUAAAAAUUUCUGUAAUGGAAUAUAUAAUUUCAUUUAUGCUAUAUACUUAGACGGCUUGGUUAA